AUGCCUAUGCCUGACAGAUCUGGAUACAGAAACGUCUUUCUGCACAUUGCUUCGACAGGAGACACCUUCGGAGGCUUCCACCAGGCGGGGUCAAUCACUGAGGAGGUGUUCCUCUGGAUACUGCAAAAUGUGCUUCUAAUUACAGAGCAGCCGUUGACUGUCACCCACCGGGCUUCGAGUCGAGUUGUCGCCAGUACUACAAAUGUGGUUGAGCUUGGGGAUUACGAUGUCUCCUCUGCAGGGGCCAUCCAAGUGACAGAUGAAGCCUCUGUUUUGCGAGUCCCAAGCUUCUCUGUUUCGGGCAGAGACAGUUCCUUCCGGGCUGGCGUCCGCGCAAGGGACGGAAAAUGCGUUGUUUCCGGACUAAUCAACACAUACGCACAGUUUGGCGCGUGGGAGGGAUUCGAGGCCGCACAUGUGUUUCCCCUACAGCACGAAACUAUAUGGGUCGAACACGGCUUUGGCCGUUGGGUUACAAAUAUGGAAAAUCAGGUUGGAGGCUCAUCGAUACACUCGAUCCAGAAUGGAUUGCUACUAAGAAGUGAUGUCCAUCAAUUUUUCGAUGCGUAUAAAAUUUCCAUAAACCCCGAUGACGGAUACAAAGUUGUGUGCUUCGGCCCAGAUUUGCUUGGAGUUGAUGGAAGAGUCCUCGACCCAAUCUGUCGCAACCCUAACGACAGUGGCCGCGUUUCUGACGAGAUUUUAAGGUGGCAUUUUCGGCAGGCCGUCCUCGCCAACAUGAAGGGCUCAGGGGACCCUACCUUCGAGCAUGAUUUUCCCCCAGGCACGGAUAUGAUGGCGGACAUUCGGGAGGGCCCAUUCAGCCAGAAACGAUUUGAGAUAGAACUCGCUUCACGGUUGCAAGGCUUCUCAAGAGAAGAAGAAGCCUAGAACAUCUUGAAGAGCAGCAGGGAGUUCUCUGUAGCAUAAAGAAAAGCGGUUAACAGAACACAUGAAUUUAUACCCUACAGUCGAUAAAUCAUCCGUUGCGGGAGCAAUAACACAUAUCUUAUCUCGAAAGAAGAAAUGCAUCAAGACAUCCCAUGCUGUUUUCAUCGGUCGAAGACAUGGCCCUCCGAUUGAUUGCCUUGCCCAGGAGAGGUGCGUAUAACUGGGUGUGCA